CAGACAUGAAGGAAAACAUAAAUGUUUUCCAGAUGAAAACAUGUGGGCUUUUGCAUCAAGGUUACCUGCUCAUGGCUGCAACUCUGUGUUUACUGAUAAAGGCAUCAAUGGCUCCUGCAGCAGGGUGUGUGGCCUUGUCUUUUAUUGGAAACACUUUACUAAUGAUUAACGGUACUGGCAAAUCAUGCAACAUAAUUAGUUUAUAGUAGUCAAACUAAAUGCACGAGUUAUUAUUUAAUGAAUUAUUUUCUGUUUUAAAUUAAAAAAAAAAACCACUGUUUUUUGUGUCUCAUGGUUCAGAUAAAAUUACCCUUUUGAAGGGUAUAUUUACUCAUUGUAUAUACUGCAUCUUGUCGUCCAACCUAAACUGUUCAUGAAAGCAACUUUCUGCUGAGUAAUGCAAACAUAAAGCACAUCUGCAAUGCUAAUGGCCCACAAAGACUCCUUCGCCUCUGACAGACCCUACCCUGUUCUCGGUGAAAUCUGAUACCCAGAUGAUUUGAUUUGGCCAAUUUUCAGAAAGCCACAUCCUUGAAGCAACUCAGCUAAAGCCCCUGAUACAGUCACCUCCAGCAGUGCAGUAAAUGCACAUCUUAUUAAAAUCAGUGAACUAUAUAUAUAUAUGAACUACAAUGAACAAAUCAAUUUGUUGCGUAUGAUUUUGCACUUUAUUAUCAAUUCUUCUCUUUUCCUUUUAUUCAGGUAAAAACCAUUUUAGAAAACAAACCUGUAGUGCUAAUAUGCAGCAAUGACUACAUUAAACAAUGAGUGAUGAAAUAAACCAUUCUUAAAAGAUAGUUCUCUUAUACUCACUUCGUGACCUGAUUGAUUACAAAGUGGUUUACACUAAGAGGUGAUGUCAUAGGUGGAGGGCCCAUUUGCUGAACCUCACUCAGCCCUGUUGAAAAGCUCUGACCUAUCUCUACAGAAAAGGUGUCAGGCUUUUCCUGUCCAGGUUUAAGCUACCAAUUGACCUCACUCAGAGAAAAGAGACAGCCAUUUGGUCUUUGCUCCUACACUUUCCAUACCUGCCUCUGACAGCUUUAGACUGACUUGAACCAGCACCUUUGUAAUUGCUCUUGGGCUCACACAGGGCAUUAUGUAGGAGAUCUGCUUGCCUUGGGUGUGUGCAUGUCAAUUCUAAGGGGGUUGGAGCCAUGUGACUCUCUCUCUCCACCCUCUAGUAAAUAAGCAGAUUGAUCUCUGGCUUCCUGACUCUUAGUGGUGAGAAAAGGAGGCAGGUGAUUUGGUAUCGAGCACCAGUGAUACACAUAUGUGGAUUCAGAAAAGAAAUCUGCUGAGAGGGAGUUUUAUCUAAUUGCCUAAUUUCAGCUUCACUGUGGCACAGAGCAAGAUAAGGAGAGAGCGAGAGAAAGGCUGCUUGUGACAGCUGACACUUGCUGCGCUGUCUGAUGAGAGUGUUUAUAUUUCUCACAAAAGCUCUCAUUUGCGAUGCUUUGUACUCAGCCAUGUUUUGGCUACAGAACUAGCCCAAACUCAAUACUAUGCUUGGCUCCAAACAAGCGGGUAAUUAAAGUUUAUAGUGAAGAUAAUACCAGCAAAGCUGUAGAAGUUCCUUCUGAUGUAACUGCCCAGGAUGUAUGUCAGCUGUUUGUCUUGAAGAAUCACUGCAUUGAUGAUCACGCCUGGACACUUUUUGAACACCUCUCCCAUCUAGGAAUAGAAAGAGCUCUGGAAGACCAUGAGUACGUUAUGGAAGUACUUUCAAGCUGGGCGAUGGACACAGACAGCCGGUUGUAUUUUAGGAAGAAUUAUGCUAAAUAUGAAUUCUUUAGGAAACCACUGGACUUUUUCCCAGAUCACAUGGUUUCCAUAUCGAGUGAAACCAAUGGGAUGGUGGAUCACUGUGACCUUAUACAGACCUUUCUGAAUUCCAGCACUUGUCCUGAGAUCCAUGGAUACCUUCACGCCAAAGAGCAAAGCAGGAAGUCUUGGAAGAAGUCUUAUUUUGUUUUGCGGCGGUCAGGGCUUUAUUUCUCCAAUAAGGGGACUUCCAAGGAACCAAGACAUCUCCAGUUCUUUGCUGACUUCAGUGACAGUGAUGUCUACACUGUUUUGGCAGCCAAAAAACUACACGGGGCACCUACAGAAUUUGGCUUCUGUGUGAAGUCCACAAAAUGCAGUUCUGCCCGGGACUUGAAGCUGCUUUGUGCAGAUGACGAGCAGACCAGGACCUGCUGGAUUACAGCCAUGCGCUUGUUAAAGUUUGGGAUGCAACUUUACCAAAAUUUCAUUCAGCCACACCAGAAGCAAAAAGCCUCACCAAUGAGAAGCAUAUCAGAGAACUCUCUGGUGGCUAUGGACUUUUCUGGCCAAAAGAGUCGGGUGAUCGAGAACCCAUCCGAGGUGCUCUCAGUAGCUGUAGAGGAAGGCUUGUCGUGGAGGAGGAAAAGCUGCCACCGCUUGAGUGGUCAUGGGAGCCCUUCCACAGCCCAGAGCUCUGUGCUAAACAUAGCUAUCCACGUGGCUCAGCCGUGGUUUCAUGGCAAACUGUCUCGUGAAGAGUCUCACCGUCUAAUUGCUCAACAGGGUCUUAUUGAUGGAGUGUUUCUUCUGAGGGACAGCCAGAGCAACCCUAAGACAUUUGUACUUUCACUGUGCUAUAUGCAAAAAAUUAAACAUUUUCAAAUAUUACCAGUGGACGAUGAAGGAGAGUCGUUUUACAGUCUUGAUGAUGGUCAAACACGGUUCACUGACUUGAUCCAGUUGGUGGAUUUUUACCAGCUAAACCGUGGGGUGCUUCCAUGCAAGCUCAGACAUCACUGUGCUCGGAUAACCCUGUGAACAAGGGACCCAAAAGACAGCUGAGGUCCCACAUGCACCUUAAUUCCUGGUUCUUCUGGAGAAACACAAUGGUGUUUUUGUGCCUUGGAAAAAAAAAAGAUAAAUAGUUGUUUUCAUAAUGUGGUACAUGACUCAACCUUAUUUUUUCUUAUUCAGAAAAAGGUGAAUUUCACAAUAAAAUAAAUAACUACUGGUGCUGAAGAUCAUGUGGAUUACAUUUUGGCCCGUUAAUGUAUUGGUGUAAGUAUGUGGUGGUAGUAGUUGAGAUACAGCAGCAGGAAUUUGAGUGUUCAUUGAAAAUAAUCCAGCAGAACGUGUGCUGCAGUAUGUAUAGAGCAAAAGUGCUGUAAAUAUGUGACAUUUACGGUCUGUUAAAAGUAAAUGAUGACUGAAUCCCUACAAGGACAUGCUUGUGGAAACCUGUAGUAUGGCUCUACACUGUCAAGUCUGGGAACAACUAAGCUAUUAUUAUACUAAGCUAUUUUUUUUGCUAGGUAUUCGUAUUUUUUAAGAAAGUUACUCAUUUUGUUUGUUUGUUUCUUUUUUUAAUUUGAAGUGAUAAAAUUACCUCUGAGCAAGUUUCACUGCGCAUGCCUUACAAGGGAUUGGCAAAGAGCUGUAAUGCCCCGGUGAAGAGGUUCCAACCUCACUGACUUUGCAUUGUGCACUGCAUAAACUAUAUAGAUACAGUUAUGAUUAAGUGAACUGUUUGUAUCCAUGGAAUCAGUGAAAAAGUUCCCCUGAAGUAAGAGCAAUGAAAUAAAUGCUAAAGAUUUUUUUUCUUUACAUGUAAUCAGAAAUGACUGAUAUUUGAAUUCACUGUAAAUUUAAAUUUAGGUUUUGUAAUUUCCCGAGAUUCAGGCAGACAAUUUGCAACACCUGGGCUGAUUGUAUUUUUUGACGUUAUAGCCACAUCUGUGGAUAUACGGUGUCAGAUACUUUUUUUUUUUUUUAAAUGAUGUUAGUCCUUCUAACAUUGACAUUCAGCUUCAUACAAUCUUUUUUUUUUUGUAACAGCAACAAUGUAAGAACAAGGUAUUUUAAAUCACAGUGGCUGGACAACAGUGCAUUGAAAUGCAGUUUUGUAAAUAAACUCAUAUAAACCUG